CCUCAAGGAGAUAACUGCCAGGGGCCCCGAUCCAUGCAGCUCUUUGGCCAGCAACACGGGAGGAGGAACUAGACUCUCGCAAGCCAAGGAGGAGCCGGGCACCGAGAGGGGCCCCCAAGAAGGCUCGGGAGCUGCAUGCAGGAAAGACCCCCCCAGCAGAGCCAGCACGCCCUCGAGCAUCCCGCCAGGGGAAGGGGUGGCAGGGAGCCCAGCCCCAGAGGUGGACGGGGGACACAGAGGGGUAGCCUCCACACGUGCCCCACUGUGUGCAGCGGGUGGAUGUUCAGGAGUGUCCAGAAACGGAAGCGUAAGGCAAGGCGCGUGCUGAAUGGAAGGCCGCUGCCUCACGGUGCUCAGAGACAAAACAAUUACAGAUCCUCCAGGAGUGGGAUGAAAAGAUCACUUCUGACAGCUAAGGGGGGUGACCCCCAAGUUCCAGGCGGCCCAUCCUGCUCCUUCAGCUCAGGAGGCAGUGCAGAGUCUGAAAAGCCCCCCAAGAAGAGGUGUCCCACCCUCGACCAGUCUCCGCCCCCCUGCAGCUGGGGGAAAGCGAACCCGCGGGCAGAGUGCCGGGCAGAGGACGGAGACCUCGGCUCUGUGCUGUCUCAAAAGCUCGACCGCCUUUCGGAGAACAUGAGCACCAUUUGCAGAGACGUCUCCCAGCUGCAGAGUCACAUGGACCGGCUGGAGCAGGACGCCCGGGGCUGGGUUCUCGAGCUGGCUGCUCUCCGAAUGGAAAACCAGUGCCUGAGUGAAUACGUGCGACGGAUGGAGAGCCGCUGCCGCACACUGGAGAACCGCUCCCGCCGCAACAACCUGCGCCUCCUGGGCUUGCCGGAGGGGGUUGAAGGCAGCGACACCGUCUCCUUCCUGCAGAAGACCCUUCCUGCAAUGCUGGGGUUACAGCCGGAUUCCCGGCCCCUUGAGAUCGAGAGCGCUCGCCGGGUGCAAGGGGGCGUGUCCUGGGAGCCCAACGGGAGGCCCCGUGCCCUGGUCUUCCGCCUGCUGCACUUUGCAGACAAGGCUGCCAUUUUGCAGGCCUCGCGCACCCGACCCCUCUGUUACGCCGGCGCGCAGGUUACCAUCUUGCCAGACUUCUGCUCUUCCCCCUCUCAACGCAGGAGGGUUCCCUUCCGGACAUUCCGGAGAGCCAGGUGGGCAGCGGAUGUCUGCUUUGCUGCCAGGCGCUCCCCCUGUUUUGCCUGGUCCCGUGGACUUCGAGAACCUCUCGCCAGCUCUGGACCGCCUGCAGGGAGGCCAGGGUUCCUACAGGGACAGGCCACUGGGACACAGAUCCCCUGACAGGCCCUGCGCAUCGUGGAAUGUGUGAUUCCGCAGGUAGCCCUGAGUAACACACCCUGUAGCGUGCACUCCAGUGGAACACAAAUGUGGGUGUGUUUCCAGCAGCUGCCCUGGUUCAGACCGAGCUGCCUUUUCCAUUCCAACUAUCAGAGGAGGAAGAAGAAGAAGAGGAGUUUGGAUUUCUAUCCCCCCUUUCUCUCCUGCAGGAGACUCAAAGGGGCUGACAAUCUCCUUGCCCUUCCCCCCUCAAACA